UUUUCGAAAUACACAAUAUAUCGAGAAAGCCUACUAUGCAUGUAAUGGUUUGCUCCUAGUCUCACCAGUUCUCUUUAGUGUUUGCCAAUGUUGGAGGUGUAACUGGGGUCUGGCCCUGGACGAAGUGAUAGAGCAUGGCUCAAGUGAAAGUGCAGACUUCAUCCCCCUUGCCUGGGUCUGGCCUGACCGCUGUGGCACCCCCUGUGGCCAUGCCCAGCCCAGGAGCUCUGGGUCUGCAGCCCACCAUAAAUGGCACAGUGCUAGCCACAACGCCCACCUGCCCCAGCCCUGCCUCUGGCUUUGUGGACUCCACUGUACCAGCCAACCUAUCAGGCCCUCCUGAAGAAAACAUGGCAAACCCUAAAGAGAAAACUCCCAUGUGUCUGGUAAAUGAGUUAGCCCGUUUCAACAGGAUUCAACCUCAAUAUAAACUGCUGAAUGAGAAAGGGCCUGCACACGCUAAGAUCUUUACAGUGCAGCUGUGCUUGGGGAACCAGGUAUGGGAAGCAGAAGGCAGCAGCAUCAAAAAGGCCCAGCACUCCACAGCAACCAAGGCCCUGACAGAGAGCAGCCUACCACGGCCUCCUCCCCGAUCUCCUAAAGCUGACGUCUCCAACAGCAACCCAGGGGGUUGCUUUGCAGGCAGCAUCACUCCUACAGUAGAGUUGAAUGGCCUGGCCAUGAAGCGAGGGGAGCCAGCCGUCUAUAGACCCCUGGACCCCAAACCCGUCCCCAACUACAGAGCCAAUUACAACUUCAGAGGAAUGUUCAACCAGAGGUACCAUUACCCAGUGCCUAAGGUAUUUUAUGUGCAGCUGAUGGUGGGGAACAACGAGUUUAUCGGAGAGGGGCGGACUCGACAAGCUGCCCGACACAAUGCAGCCAUGAAAGCCCUUCAGGCCCUCAAGAAUGAACCCAUUCCAGAAAGACCACCUCAGUGUCCAGAAGAAAAGGAGACAGAGGAGAACAGUGAUGCCAGCAAAUCGGAGAUCAGCCUGGUCUAUGAGAUCGCCCUAAAGAGGAACCUGACUGUUAACUUUGAGGUCCUGAAGGAAAGUGGACCCCCACACAUGAAGAGUUUUCUCACACGCGUGACGGUGGGAGAGUUCUCGGCGGAGGGAGAUGGGAACAGCAAGAAACUCUCUAAAAAAAGAGCGGCCCUCUCCAUCUUACAGGAACUGAAAAAGCUGCCAGUCCUUCCUGUAGUGGAGAAACCCAAAGUGCAUUACAAGAAACGGCCCAAGACUAUAUUAAAGACAGGACCAGAGUAUGGACAGGGCAUGAACCCUAUUAGCAGACUGGCUCAGAUUCAACAAGCUAAAAAGGAGAAGGAACCAGAAUAUAUGCUGCUGUCAGAGAGAGGGAUGCCCCGCCGCAGAGAAUUCAUCAUGCAGGUCAAAGUAGGUACUGAGGUGACCACAGGAACUGGACCCAAUAAGAAAGUGGCUAAGCGUAAUGCAGCUGAGGCCAUGCUGCUUCAACUGGGCUACAAGGCUUCUACACCAUUACAGACCACUCCAGAAAAGAUGGACAACAAAGGCUGGAAUGGACAAAGGGCUGCUUUUCCUGAAACAACGACCAACACACAGAAAGGAAUUCUUCACCUCUCCCCAGACAUGUAUCAGGAGAUGGAAGCAAGCCGGAAUAAAGGAGCCCCUGGUGCCCCUGGAAACUACCUGACACCCAAAGACAUGGGCCAAGGGUUCACAGAGCCUUUCUACACCCCUAUAGUGGGCAACACUGCAGCCAUUGCCAGAGAGCUGCUACUGAACGGCACUUCACCCACCGCCGAAGCCCUGAUCCUGAAGGGAAAAGCACCUGCUUUACCCUGUGGCUCCAUCCAGCCUUCACAGCAACUGGAGUACUUGGCCCACAUUCAAGGCUUCCAGGUGCAAUACACAGACAGGCAAACUGACAAUGAGUGUAUGACCUAUCUCACUCUCUCACCUGUGCAGAUGACCUUCCAUGGCAUUGGGAGCUCCAUUCCAGCUAGUCAUGACCAGGCAGCUCUGAGUGCCUUGAAACAGCUGUCAGAACAAGGACUGGACCCGGUGGAUGGACCAAUCAAGGUAGAAAAUGGAUCAUGUGACAUGUAUGUGCACACAGAACUACAAGUGAAACGUCUGGGCGAGAGGACCGACAGUAAACCGACUAACUCAAGCACCACUGCUCAGGACUGCAAGGAUUCAAAGGCCGUCGUCUAUGAACUGACCCCACCCUUAAGACCCUCCCCCUGAGAGCCCCCACGACCGCCGCUGCAUCCUUCUACACGUGUCAACAUGCAAUAUGGUGGAUGUGUCCCAUGAAAUAUAAAUGAAAAAAAAAGCAUUCUUCGAGUCUAUGUGAAGACAACACUAUUUAAACACAACAUUUAUUUACUCUAGAGUUACUUAAAAAGAGCAAGCAAGCAAGCUAAUAUUUAAAAAAAAAUAUAUAUAUAUAUAAUAAAAAUGUAGUGCAUGGUACUGUUUGAAAAACAAGGGAACUUCAGUGACUAUGUAGAAUUUCCCCAUUUGAUAGAUGUUUGAAUAUUAUUUUCACCUUGUCUCCAAGUGAUAUGGUUUAAAACAGGCUUAUAUGAUGCAUUAAUAGAAACAAAGCAUUAUUGGGGGCAAACAAAGUUGUGUAUCUUAUUUGGGGGGUUAUAUUAUUUUCCUCUUUAAUCUAUUAAUAACAAUGCUUGAGUAUUUAAGGAUUAACUAAUGCCAGUGCUGUGAAGUCGUAGUUGUUGUCUUCAUAUAUAGUCACCCAGCUUACUGUAUAUGCUGACAUAAAGCAUUCAUCUAUCUAUGUGGAUGUAUAUGACUUGUAGAUUAUCAUACGCAGAGGGAAAGAAAAACAUACUACGAGUGUAAAUGGAUAAAACUGAUGCUAGAGGUAAACAGCAUAGGAUCAUAACGUUCCUUCAGAAUAGCAAAUUCCACUAUGAUGAUUGUUUUCUUCUCCCCUCAAUUUUGUCCAGCACAUCUACACCCAUGUUGUGUGUUGUAUUGACUUGAUACAUCAACUGAGUGCUUUUAAGGACUGCAUUCCUUGGAAAGAGAGGCUCUAAUGAAUUGACAGGCUCUCUUUUCAAAAUGAUUGAGUCAUAGAAAGAACAAUUACUUGACAUGCCAAAUGUAACUCUCUGGAAGAGCGUUUUUCUCUCCCUGAAGAUCUACAGUGUAACAACAGACAUGUCUGUUCUUAAAAUGCAGUAAAAUCACAUCAGUUCAUGUUGAAACCAGUGGUGUGUGUUGUCUUUUCACCUGAGUGAAUUUAUAUGCAGUGAGUUUGCAUUUUUCUCAUUUUAUACAAAAUUUUUACAAAUGUUAUUAUCAGCAUUCCAAUAUGAAUGAAAAGUUGAACUGAAAAGUUAACAUACAUUUAAGUAUUUUGGGAUUUCCUCCUUUUGCAUGCACUUGAGCUGGCAUAGACUCAACAAGUGCAAAACCUAAUGAUCCAUGUUAUCCAGCAUGAUUUGAUAAUGUUCCAAAAAACAUCUUGUGGUGCUUCAAUGGAAGCAAGGAAAUCUGACCUUUUGUACAAAAAGGUCAAUGUCACAAAUUUGCCUACAUUUGAUUUAGUGACUUAGUACAGAAUCCCAAAUAUUUAUUCACUUUUUUAUUUUAUUUUUUUUAUUUUAUUUUUUUUUACAUUUAAAAAAAAUCAUAAAACUUUCCAAAUAUAUCCAGGUAAAAAUGAAGAAGAAAAAAUAGCAAAUAAUCUAGAUGUUCAAUUUGGUCUUAGAUUUUUGGACCCCUCUAUAUGUAAGGAUUUUAAUUUAAUAAAAUAGGGAACGUUUGCUGCAUCCUCAGUUCAGAAUUAUGCAUUCUUUGUAGCAACACAUGAGUCUCUCAGUCGUUGCGACAGCAGUCUUAAAAUAGAUCUGUACUGUAAGAUUAUGCAAUAUCACCAUGUAAACAGUCCUUUAUUCAUUGUAAGAGGAAGAUUCCUUCUUUACAUCACCACCAUAUACUGUAAGUUCAAGCUCAUUAAAUUCUUCAAUAGGU